AUGGCCGGGUGCCCCCCGCCAGCGUGGCGGCCGGGAGGAUGGAGAGAAGGGGCUGAGCCCCCAGAGCUCACGGACCGAGGCGGGGGGCUGAGGGGGGCCGGAGCGCCCGGGGUCGUCUCCCCCGUGCCUUAUGUGGGUUACGCCAACGAGGUGGGCGAAUCCUUCCGCCCGCUGGUGCCGGUGCAGGUGGUGUGGGCCAGCGCCCACGCGCAGGACCCCGCGCAGGCCACGCGGGUGGGGGUGGCCGUGGUGGACACCUUCGUCUGGCAGAGCCUGGCCUCAGUGGCCAUCCCCGGUGUCACCAUCAACCGCCUCUGCGCCGCCUCGCUGGCCCUGCUGGGUGCCCUCACCCGCUGGCCACUGCCCCUCCGCCGGUGGACCACCACCGCCCUGGGGCUGGCAGCCAUCCCCAUCAUCAUCACCCCCAUUGACAGGACUGUGGAUUUCCUGAUGGACUCCAGCCUCCGCAAGCUCUACGGGGCACCGGGACAGCCCCCAGCCCCACACUGA